AUGGUAUCCCAUUCAACAAAGGGUAAUACUCUCAUCAAUACUCACCUAACUUUCUUCUUUUUGGGCCUGAGCUCAUUGAUCAUAUACCCUAUGCUUGAUUUGAAUUCCUUUGUUUACCUGAGGUUCUUGGGCAUUACAAUCUACGACGCAGAAAGCAUCUCCUUUUUUUUGAGAAGACUAAAUUUGUCAAUAGGAUUGAUUUUUUGUUCAAUUUCUAUGGCUAUAGGACAUGGGUCUGAUUGCAAGAUAUGGAGUUGGAUGUUAUUCAUUUCUUACUUUCUUUCUUCCUUUUAUGUCUAUUCUCUCUCCAACAAUUAUUUGUUCGUAGGUAAACUUUCCCUGUUUUUUGUAGUAUUGGUUUCCCUGUCAUCACACGGGCUUCUCAUGUCAUCAGUUAAGUUAAUGUUUGCAAAGGAUUUCAUAUUUCUUGACAACAAACCACAAUCUAGAUUCUUUGCAUUUUCAACAGGCUGUUUCACCUCAGGGAUACUCGUGAACAUUUUAAUUAAACUUACCACCGGGGAAAUUUUUUCAUACUCUGAUAGCCAAAAUACCUUAAAAAUGUAUAACAGACUCUUUAUAUCAUUCACACUCAUAACACUAAUUUGUUCCUUUCUAACAUCCACACUUAAACCCAUUGAAAUGAAGGAUGAAGAUCUCAUCGCAAAUGGCCCUCCACCACUCACUAAACCAACAUUUAUCGGUAACACCUGGAUUUUUUCAAUUGCAUGCUUUUGUUGGUCGCUAUCCCCAAUGUUAAAUAAUUUAACCUUACCAGUUAUGCAUUCAGUCAAACGAGAAGAUUCAUUCAAGCUAGAGUUUUAUCAAUUCCUGGUUUCCCUUAUCGUCUCUGCUCUAUUCUACCUCUUUGACAGCUUUGAUGUUCUGUCCUUUAAGAAAAGAGGGUACACAUACAAUUCAUUGUAUAGGUCAAUUUGCAAUAUGAUGAAAUACAGACCUGAGGCUCCCUUAAAUCCAGAACUUAAAAUACAUCAAGAUGUCAGAGAAGAUAUAAGUGUUUUAUCCAAUUCGCUGAGUGUUAGACUCUUCAGAGAUCCCCAAGCCUGGCAGUCGCUUCCUUAUGGAUUUUGGUGUGAAUGGGAGGAAUACGAUAAUUUCGAUACUAGUCGCAUUUUGAACGUCUUGUCGAUGUAUUCAACAAUUACAGACAUUAGAAAUGAGGACCCUUUCAACUUGGAUGAAUACUUUAUUCUCGGCUGCACCGGCCUCACUCACCCACAAGAACAUUACAAAACGAUUAAGAGAAACAAGUACAUUCUAUUAUGGCUAGUUUGUUCACUUGUUAAUUAUUUAAAUGUGUUAUGUUGUAAGUUGGAGGAAAUUUUUAAACACUGUACCUCUCCAACCAUAUGCUGUUUAUCAGUUAUCAUGUUCUUAUGUUGUUGCUGUAAUCAAAAAUGUGACUUCACUAUUUUUAUCUGUGCUGGAACCUGUUGUUGUACCAGUGAAACUUGCAAAGAAAUCAAAUGUUACUUGGAGAACGCAAUUAAGGCAACCGUUGAAGACUGUAAUGCACUCCUUUACGACAUCAACACCUGUUCUUUGUUAUUAGAUAGCAAGGAAGUAGAUUAUGACCAGAUGAUGGAUUCCCUUGGUAUAUUAGAGGAACUCCUUAUGAGAUUUGUGAUAUGUUUGCUUUAUGCCAGACUUAUUGACGAGUAUUUGCUACUUCACAAAUACAUGAAGUGCAUUUGUGAUAGGCUAAGAAUUGUCUGUGGUAAAUUCAGAGAUGGAUGUACCUGCAAACAUGCCAAAGAAGAAAAAGAUACUAAACCCGUUAAAUGUAGUUGUGUUAUGUAUUGUAAAAUGGUUCAAUGUAUUAGCAAGUUACAUGCGAAACAGAAAAAAGUUUCAGACAUUUUCAUGGGAAAUAAUCUUGAGAAUAUUAUUGACGUAAUGCCUCCAAUGUCGCUCACUAGAGCCAUAAUACUCUUGGCUUCAUUUUUCGGAGAUUUCAUGUGUUCUGAUUUUCUUCAAGAAAAAGGGAACUGUGAAUGCACAAAAGAUUUGAAAAAUUGUUGUUGUAUAGGGCAGUCGAUCUGUUUUUGUUGCAGAUUUAAUUCCAGAGUUGAUGAUAUUUUAACUCUCAUUUUAUUGGCCAUCGACACACCAACAGAUUGUGAUUCAAUACUUGCUAAUGUAAUAUCAGUUCUUGCUAGUUUUUCAUCCUUUAGAUAUCCAUCAAUGUUUCACCAUGGUAUAUAUUAUAUCGAAGGAAUACCCCCUUUGGCUGAAUCCAAUACAUCGCCAUCAGAGUCUAACGUAUUAACAGUAUUUGGAACCAUAUAUUCCCAAUUUUCAAAUUUAAUGAAUAGCCUAUUACCACCAGGUCAUCUAAGAUCGAGUUCUUGUUCCUUUUGUUUAAAUGAGGCUGGAUUAUGUCCGUGUUUGAGGCAGUUGCUAUGUUGCAUGAGAGAAGUUUGUUGCUUGAUUGAAAUGAUAAUAAAUGAGAUUGGUACUACUAGUGUUUCUGUCUGCUUCAUUGCUGAUUAUGAUAAGUUAGAAGGUUAUUACAAAAGGUUACAAUGUUCAGCUGGUAAGUUAAAGACAUGUUCUACAACUGCGUCUCAAUGUUGUGGAUCUACUGUCUCAAAUGGUUGUACCCACAGUUCUGAAUUUUGUAAAUUUAUUUGUUGUCUGUGUGAUUCUGUAUGUACAACAGCUUCACUUGUUUGUACAUUGAAUCAACAAUCUAAAAUCAGCAUUCAAACACUAAGCUCAUCAUUGAAAGAUCAAUUGAGCGAAUUAAAUGAAAAGAAUACUAAUAUGUACAAAUCAAUUCGAGGGACAAGAAUGGGUAUGCUGAUUAAGCCAAGUAAAUCCCUUUCUAAGAUGAUAACGCAUUACAAAAAAACUAUUAUCGGAAGAGUGUCGGAUUACAAGAGGUGGGAGUUCUACCUAUUUUUCCUUUCAACAUUCGUUUGUCUUUUUUUAAUUUAUCUUUCAAGACUUAUUCCUUAUUUGAGGAAUAUUCCCAACAAGACCAAAUUCAUGUAUAUUAUUGUGUUAUAUUCCUUUAUCACCUCGUACUUCUUCAACUCGUCGUUUGGAUUCCUCUCAACGUUCGACAAAGAUAGCGCCUUCUACAUAUCACUGGCCAUUGUUUUGGGAAUUAUACUAUCGAUUCUGUAUUCAUGGUUGACACAGUGGUUUAACUAUCGUAUGUUCCUGUUUGAACAGUUCGUUGAUCUUUACUCUAGGUUCAGACUCUUAUUUCCAGGUUCCAAGUACCUUAAUUCACCCACACUAUUCUGGUGGAUUGAAGGCUUCGUCUCCUUCAUCAAGAUGGAUAUGCUUUCAAUGUACAAUCUAUUCGGAAUAUCAAAGGACAGAGAUAUAUACAACCCCUUCAAUUUCGGCUUUACAUCAAAGCUAAAUAUAGAGUACAAUCUAGUUGAGUCGAGCUCACAUAUUUUUACGGAAGAUCAGUGCCUAGAAAACAUAAAAUCCUCAGUUUUCGACGCUAAGUUGCUUGAACUUGAAGGUCUUUUGAAUUUUAGAUCGUUUUAUCAUCUAAAACAAACUGACCACUCAUUUAUGGUAUUAUCUUCCGAAGAUAAUGUUAACUAUCCCAUCGACUUGCUCUAUAAUGCAUGGUCCCUUGGUUCAAAGAUAUCUGAGUUCACCGACAGGUUACAUCGUCUUAGGGAAGGUGCUAUUUUAGCCAUUGAAAAAGAUGUUCAGAUGCAAGCCAAGUUAAAUGGUUAUGAUAUCGGCUCAAUAAAUAAGCUAAAACACUUCUUUGAAUUCCAAAAUAAGUGCUUGAUUGAAGCCCCCAAACUAUCACUAAUUGAUUCAAGUAAUAGAACACACAAGCAUUUCUUGUCAGUGCAAUCCAAGAAGUUGAUUAAAUUAUAUCAAAAGUCAUAUUCAGACAAAUGGAAAGUAUAUCUCCAAAAAAUAUACUCAAAUGAGUCCGAAGAACCUGAGGCUUCAACUAGUGUUAAGGAAACCAGAUCCAGGAGGGAUGAGAGGAAGCUCUCAUUGACGGAUAUAUUUAAUAAAAUGCCAAUGGAGUCUUUUUUGAAGUCAUACGAUGAUUGGAGAACCAAGAAACUGAAAAACUGCGAUACUGUUUUUGACCGUAAUGACCUUUGCAAAGUUAUAGUCACCAAAACAUGCCGUGAGUUUGAAAACAUAGCUUUUGCCCACAACGACGUUUCAGAGAUCAUGAAUGAGCUCAUAAAGUUCGUUCUGACUUCUUUCACACUGAAAGAUACUCCUGAAAACUUCGAAAUAAUCAAACUUUUGUCAAAAAAGAACAAAUUUGCAGAAAGUAAGGAUGUCAGUUCCAUACUGGACAAGAUAGCUAAAUCGAUCAGAUCUCACACUUUUGGAGUCAGAUCUUCAGUUAUAAAAGAUCUUCUAAGCAUAUGUAAAAACAUUGACAUGGAAAAGACCAUGAUAUAUAAGGUUUUCAAAUAUGACAGGUUUCUGAUAGGAGAGUGGAUCCGUUGGCAAGGACUUCACAUAUCUGGUGAUUUGGUUAAUAUGUUAAGAGUUAUUAAUGUUUUGAAUGAAUAA